UUGAAGUGAGUCAUCUCUAGGAAGUGUGGUAAAAAGGAAAAGAAAAAAAAGUUAGAACUGUUCCGUGAACAGCAGAGAGCUCGGAUAGUGUGUAGUAGGCAAGGCGACGGAAAAUAUUCAGAAGAUUAGCCAGGCAAUAGGCUUGAAAGCGAAUGUUAACCUGCGUGAGUCACUCUAACUACAGGUUGUCUCGACUGGAUUUGACCGCCGAAGGUGUGCUGCUGACUUUAGGUUGAAGUUUGCGCACCUGAGAAGAUUUACAAUAGUGUACCUGCGGUGCAAGAAUAAUAAAAGCGCAACAAGAAAUAGCCUUUACAAGCAGGAAGCACGCGAGAAAAAUAUUUAUUCUAACAGGCAAUAUCUGUUUUAGGUUAGUUUAGAGGAGCAUAAUUGCACUUUUUGUCUUUGCCAACUCUUCUCUGGAUAUCCCAAAUUAACAACGAGUCAGAGGAUUUUUUUGUCGGUGCCUUUUUUUACUGCAAGGAUUUAAAAAAAGAGAGAAGGGGAGUUUCAGAUCUCAAAACAGUCCACUGAAAUCUUCCUCUUUCCUGGAUCAUGUACCAGGACUACUCCGGGAACUACGACACCUCGUCCCGCGGCAGCAGCACAUCUCCGGCCCAGCCAGAGUCCUUCACAAGCGGCAGCAGCACGAUCGGAAGUCCGAUCUCUACCUCAAGCUACCAGAAGUACAGGGUCGACAUGCCCGGCUCCAACAGUGCCUUCAUCCCCACCAUCAAUGCAAUCACGACCAGCCAAGACCUACAGUGGAUGGUGCAGCCCACUGUUAUCACCUCCAUGUCAAACCCGUACUCUCGUUCCCACCCGUACGGCCAUCACCUGCCCAAUGGGCCGGGGCUGUUGGGGCACAACACACUGGCUCGGCCCGGGGUGAUCCGCUCCAUCGGGGAUGCCAGGGGCCGACGCAAGAGGGAUGAGCAGCUCACCCCGGAGGAAGAGGAGAAAAGGAGAGUGAGGCGUGAGAGAAAUAAGUUAGCCGCCGCCAAAUGCCGCAACCGCAGGCGAGAGCUCACCGAGAUGCUGCAAGGGGAGACUGAAAAGCUUGAGGAGGAGAAAGCCGACCUGCAGAAAGAGAUCGAGACCCUGCAGAAGGAGAAAGACAAGCUGGAGUUCAUGCUGGUCGCCCACAAUCCCGUGUGCAAGCUCCCCAUCGAUGAGCGCCACCAGCCUGCAGGCCACCAGCACCAGCAGCAGCAGCAGCAGUGCGCCCCCCUCCCCCUGACCAUGCGCUCCAACAUGGCCACCCGUGCUCAGAUGAACCACGUUGUUGUAAAGCAAGAGCCUGAGGAUGAGGAGAUGGGCAAGCCCCAGCGCUCCGUCAUCAAGCCCAUCUGCCUGGGCGGCGGUGGCAUCGGUGGAGGGAUGUACUGCACAGAUGGAGACAGCCUGAACACGCCGGUGGUGGCGGCGUCCACCCCAGCCGCCACGCCCAACGCCCCGAGCCUCAUAUUUACCUACCCGAGCAUGCUGGAGCCCGAGAGCCCGUCGCCCUCCUCUGAGUCCUGCUCCAAGGCCCACCGGCGCAGCAGCAGCAGCGGGGACCAGUCAUCAGACUCCCUCAACUCACCCACCCUGCUGGCCCUCUGAGCGAGGGCGCUGCUCGGCACGGCUGAGAAACAAACACUGUGGCUGACGGCAAGCACGAGGAUCAACUGCGCGCCCCUCCCGCCUGCUCCCCACUCCUCCAGUGUCUUUUAAAGACCCAAGAGCACAUUCAAAAGUCCAGACCAAGCUGACCAUGUGAGCCGUUUCCCCCCUUCGCAGGGAGACCCACAAGGGCUACGCCGCGUGUUUCUUCUUGUUUUUCCUUCAGUGUAUAAAAGAUUUUUUUACUCGUAAGAGUGUGUGCACCGAUCCUAAAACAUGUCACCCCUUCGCCAUUUCAACUCCAGAGUGUCAACUUGUUUACUGGGAAGACAGUUCAGAAGAAAAAGUGGCAACCGUGAGCUGACUAGAGAGCGCGUUCUUAAUAUAUUUUUUUGGAAAUGUUUUAAAAAGCCAUGUGGCUGGCACUUGCACUCCGCCAAGACGAAUCAAUAAAUCACUAAGCGAGGUCAGCUUUCUACUGGAAUUCCUGAGGAGAAAAAGAGACAAUGAGCAAAGACUUCCUCUUGUCUUUUUAGAUUUUUUUCGUAACUCGGGACCUCGAUUCAGGAACUAAGAGUGUGUACACAUUUCUGACGCUAUUUCCAUCUCUUUAAUUGUAUUUAUGGCCUGUGCUGAUUAAAUUUUACAAAGUGUUUUUGUUGAGACAUUGUCCUCUCCUCAAUCUGCCUGUAGAAAAGCGAAACGGUCAUCCACGCGGUGACCGAAGCACUCCUCAGUGUUGCAAAGGAUACGAGCCAACUUUCAAUCAAUGACUAGUUCCUCAAUACUCUAUACCUUCUAUUUUGCCAUAGUGGCUUGACUUUACAGUAGUAUUGGUGUGCUUUUCCUCAGUGAUUCUGUACCUGAACUUUACAACCUGUUUAUGACAAAGUGUAUGUGAUUUACAUUGAUGUCAGGGAUAUCUCUCAUGUGUAGUAGAACCCCCAUCGUGACGAACGUUGCACGACUGCAGGCUGUCGUACGGUCUAGCCAGAGUGUCGGGACUUCAUCGCUUCAUUGUGUCACAUCAGGAAAAGGUUUGUCGAUGACAAAAGUUUGAACAAACCCCUCCUCCGCUCCGACCUUCUUUCUGUGUUUCUCUAAAUAAGGGUCUUACCUUUUUCAACACUGCCUCUCUCGGAGGCAGGUCAGGUUUCAGAACGCCAAAAAAAAAGGUUUUGUUUGACACAUGUAAUCCUACAAUUCGUCCGUCUUUUGUCUAAAAAGGAGGGAUUUUGCUCAAAUUUUGUGAAAAAACAACAACAAAAAAAACAGCCACUGUGGUCUAGACUGUCGCCAGCUGCCAAUGAUGUCAACCCUGUUUAUACUGUGUUUGUAAAUCUGUCACUUUUUAGUAAAGAAAUGUUUAAACUCAA